AUGGUCGCACCGCCCCCACCACUCACUGCCACCUUCUGGACAUCCUUCUGGAGGAACAAGAUCCCGCACAAUGCGCACAAUGUCUGGCGGCGGCUCCUGAUCAACGAACUCCCCUCUGGCCUCCACCUUCACUCCAUUAUUCCCGAUAUGGUUGAGCUCCUCUGCCUUGUCUGUGGAACGGGUCUGGAGGCAAGUCAGCGCCUCCUUUUCAGCUGCCCCAAGAAACUGGAAAGGUACCAUUACGCCUUUGUCCGUGAGAAUCAAGCCUUUAAACUUCGCACGGUCCUUGCCGCAGUGGAUUUGGUCAUUACCCAAGUUUGCGCUCAGUUGGCUGAGAAGAAGUCCAGACUUGACUAUUGA